AUGACCAAGUGGGCAUUGGCUAAGGCCAACCACAUGAUGAACACAUCCGUUCUAAAGCAAAUGGACAAUGCUCAUAAGCAAUAUGUUUUCAGCAACCGACAAUACCUCCAAGUAAUAAUCGAGUGUCUGAUGUAUAAUGCUCAGCAAAAUGUUGCUAUAAGAGGACCUGAGGAAGAUAGAAAACGUAUUUGGGAGGUCUCUGAUGUUAACAGAGGGAAUCUCCUUGAGCUGCUUCAUUUUAGAUGUAAGGAUUUGCCAUGGCUAAAAACGAAGCUCGAAACUCAACAUAAAGAGCAUAUCCAGUGGACAUCGCCAAAAAUACAGAACGAGCUCAUUGAAAUUGUGUCGAGCUUGGUGCUACAGAGGAUCGCACGUGAUGUCAAAAGUAGUGGCCAUUACAGUGUCAUUGUUGAUGAGACGUCAGACAUAAGCAGAGCGGAGCAAGUAUCUCUUUGUCUUCGAUAUGUCGUCGAAGGAGAAACACGAGAGACAUUUGCCAGAUUUUUUGCGACUGAGUCAACCGAAGGUGAGGUCCUCUAUGAGCUGGUGAAGAAAACAAUCACAAAUCUUAACUUGGUGUUAAGCGAUAUUGUUGGAGAAUGCUUUGAUGGUGCGGCGAAUAUGAGUGGAUGUCAUAAGGGCGUAGCGUCGCGAAUGAAAGAAUGUUCUCCGCUUGCUCUAUAUGUCCAUUGCUAUGCUCACCGCCUUAACCUCGCUCUUCAGAAUACAAUGACCAGUAUUGAGCCAAUUCGUAACGCUCUUGGAACAAUGCAGAGUCUGUAUAAUUUUAUCGAAGCAAGCCCAAAGCGCCACAGUAUAUUCCAGAAUAUCCAAGUAGAAGACGAACAUUCGGAACUAACCCUCAAAUCCAUGAGUGUGACCAGGUGGUCGUGUCGCUGGCAGGCUGUUAAGGCAGUGUUUGAGAAAAUGCCAAGUAUUAUUAGAGUAUUGCUUAGAUUGUCGUCGGAUCUUGAUGUGAAGACGUAUACUGAUAGCAAUAAUCUGCUUAAUGUGAUUUUAAAUUUGUAUUUGGUUUAG